AUGACAUCCAAUCCUCCAGAUGAGGUUAUACACUUUCGGGGGAAGACUCUUACUCCCGAGAGUCCACGUCCACUUCACAUCCCAGAGCCUUCAAACAUACCUGUCUUAGAGAACCAGAUGGACCCAGUCUUCAACGAUACGUCAACCUAUGAAAUGCCAUCUAGUUACCAGGAUGAUGAGCAACCCUUAGAGUCGGAUAGUGAGAUAUACAAAAGCGCCAAUGAUGAAGACAAUAGGAUACAAGAAGCACUUUUGAGUAUGGCUCAAGAAUCAGGAACGGUGAAUGUUCCAAGUAUUUUAGAUGAUCAGUCCGUUUCAGCACAUAUCCCACUUCCAACUGAACCCAAUGUUUCGUAUCAUCAGAUGGGCGUGCCAAUUAGUGCGGCUCCCAUAAAUGCCAAUACGACCAUACUGGACCCUUCUAUGGCUAAUCCUGAAAUCGACGUUGCUCCCACUAACAGUGCACAAACCGAAACGGGCGUUGAAUUCCAAAGUCUACUUGAUAAUAUUUCCCCAUCCGCCUCUACUGCCCACUCUGGCCCUGUGGUAACUACCUCAUCUCCCGCCGAUAACCCCGUUCUUCAAGAACAUAAACAACCCCAGCCCACCGCAGCACUGGAUCAUAACUAUGCGUUAUCUGCCGGUCUCCCACCGCGACCACCAACCCAAGAGACACCAGACUUAAACCCAAAUUACCAACCUACGGCAAACAUUAGUGACUAUCAUCCUCUCGGCAUACAGGCAUCUAAUACAUCCCACGUACCUCAACCGCAAGGUCAGGAUCAACACUCAAAUGCCUCAAUCUUCGUGCCUGCAGUAGCGCCAGGCACAUCUUCGGGAGCAAUUGGGCUACCUCCGCCCCCUUUAGCAACAUUCCAACAAUUUCAAUCACAACAGAAACCAGUCCCAGUACCAGAAGCUAUCGCCCAGUCAAGUCAUAAGAGUUCUAGAUCUGAAAGAUAUAGUGCAAGACCCGGAGGUUCCCCAGAUGACGAUGAUGUCUUUUGGGGAGAUGAAGUACAAAAGAUAUACGAUGAGUUCCUCCGCGAGGAGCGUGCAUACGUUACCGAAGGCUUGUGGGAUCGCUUUCCUUACGGUUCUAGACUCUUUGUUGGAAACCUUCCCAGCGAGCGAGUAACCAAACGUGAUUUGUUCCAUGUUUUCCAUAAGUACGGAAAACUCGCACAGAUUUCUAUAAAACAAGCCUAUGGCUUCAUUCAGUUUCUUGAUUCAGAGCCAUGCCACCGCGCUCUACAGGCUGAGCAAGGCAGUCUUAUCAGAGGCCGGAAGAUUCAUCUUGAAAUAUCCAAACCUCAGAAAAGCACUCGACCGGGGCCAACCCAUCCUGAGCCUGGACGGCAACCGUUCCCAAAGCGGUCUAGGUCACCAGACUACUCACGUGGAGGACCUUCGAAUGGCCGUGGAUUGCGCAAUCAAGGCAAUGACCGUCAUGAUCGUUCAUAUGACAAUAAGCGGGGAAGUCUCAGUGACUUCAGAGAGGAAAAUGGUCCGCGACGUCGUGACGACUACCGACCUCCUAGGUCACCAUCACCGCGCGCUUUUCGCACCCGGGAGAGCGGUUUUCGUUCACGAGACCGAACCCCAGACAGGUUCGAGCGACGUGAUAGACGCAGGUCGCGAUCCCCUUACGGUAGAGAUAGACGGUACCGAAGCCCUAGCCCACACACGCGCUCAGGGUAUGACGGUGAAUCUGAGCAUGCUUUCUCACGCCGUGCCCCCAGAGAUGUCCCGGAUCUGCAGGUUCUGGCUGCCGACGAUGUUGAUAUGAGCUUUGCAUAUCACGUUGAAAAUUCAUUCAAAACUCGAGGACUCCGGACUAACACAUUAGUGCUUUCUCGUAUCCCCGUGGAUGUGGCAAUCCAAAGACAGAUGGAAGAAGGUGUCUUUGCGGUGAUAAGACUUACGAGAAGCCAGCAAUAUUCUGGAAAAGUUACACUUUUGAUAUUUGAUCGUAGCGCAGGGGCUAGUAGCAAGCCUCGUUCAAUGGAAUAUCCGGAUCUUGACCUGCACGUUGCUGUCCAGAUGACUAUUCAGAUGCACGCCGUUCGCCGAGCUGGAGUUGCCACAAACUAUUACCCUCCUAACCCUACCUACCCGGGACCUUCUCUGCCGAGUCAAUUUUCUCAACCGAUCCCUCAUGUACAGCCAGCCAUGCCGGCGCUCCCACAGCCAAAUCAGAUCGCAAACCUUAUACAAACGCUUGACGGAGCCGCAUUACAAGCAUUGCUGAGUACACUUCAGCAAGCGCAGUCCGUUCCUCAGGCAGCUAUGCCAUCAAUACCCGUGGCGCCGAACGUAUCGAAUCCAGUUGAUCUUGCAAGUCUCCUGAACAAUGCUCAUCGUCAACAAAACCCUCUUGCGACAGCUCAAAACCAACGACCACAGCCUCAGGCUGCAAAUCCUUUUGUCCUUCCACUUUCCGGUCAACCUUCCAAUCGUCUGGAUCCAAAUCUUCUUGCACUAUUAGCGAAAGGAACCGCAACUGGAGGUCUGAUCCAGGGGGGCCAAGCAGCAGUUGGCCCUCAAGUGCAAAAUAUUGUUAACCAACUCGCCAAGUGGAAACAGUAA